UUGCCAAUCCAAAAGUAUUAGACCAUAACCAUUAACCACUAGUUGGCCUCUAUCACGUAAGAAUACAUCUGUAGUGGGACUCUGUAAUUAUGUUGGGCCGAAUCUAGUAUUGUGGGCCGCGCUACCUUUAGGUCCACUCCACACGACCCGCCAUCUGGACCCAGAAGAAAGCUACUGCCUACUGCUGCCUUGUCAUCGGUACGACGGUACCGUUUAAUUGCAAAUUCCCAACGUCCAGAAUCCGUUGUCCCUCCCCUCCCGCCCGGCAAAACCCCAAGCCAAAACCCCUCUCUAGUCUCAGUCACAGUCAGGCGCUGAACAGAUGUUCCUUAAACCCCCCUCUUCGUCUCUUUCCCUCCAAUCGAAAACCAAAACCCUUCCUCUCUCUCGCAGUCGAAGCCCUUCCCUCUUUCUCUUCUUCUCGUUCUCUCCAAUUUGAAUCCUUUCUUUCAGUCCCGUCUAGCCUACCUGUGAACAACAGCCGCUGCUUCCCCUUUCUAUGCUCUGCAGAUGGAGAACUCCCCUCCGUCUUCUCUUCUUCAAAUCCCCAAUUCUCGCAUCUCUUUCUUCCUUCGCCUUCCCCAAGCCUUCCGUCUCCACCGCCUCCGCCUGUGCCCUCGACGAACCCGCUCUUGCUUUUGCCGCCGGUUCCGUGGCCCUGCCGGAGUCUGGAGACUGCAUCGUUCAAGAGAUUGUUCGCGGAGUUAGUUGCUUGGGUUUCUCGAGUUUCGUUUCUGCACGCGAGUUUAGAAGCCUGAUAGCUAUGCUGACCCCGGACCAGGUUGAUUCGGUGAUUAGGGAUUUGAGUAACCAGAAUGGGGAUUCCGCGGUCGAUUUCUUUCAUUUGCUGAGGAAGGAGUUUGGGUUCCGGCACUCGAAUGUUUCAGCCCUCAUCGUUUCCCAUGUUUUAGCGGGAAUGAGACGGUUCGACGAGCUGAGGAAGGUUCUCGACCAAUUGCUGCUAGAUGAAGGCUCUGGCUCGGCUCCUUCAAUUUGCGAGCUGCUCUCCAGUAGUUUUAGGUCUUGGAAUUCAACUGAUCAUGUAUGGGAUAUGUUGGCUUUUGCUUAUUCAAGAUUCGAGAUGGUUCACGAUGCACUCUUUGUUCUAGUGAAGAUGAAAGAUUUGAACUUACGGGCUUCUGUACAAACUUACAAUAGUCUGAUGUACAAUUUGAGGCAUACGGAUUCCUUGUGGGAUGUAUAUAACGACAUCAAAGCUAGUGGUUGCCGUCCGAAUGAGCACUCUGGUUCCAUUGUUGUCGAUGGCCUAUGCAGGCAGUCUAGGCUAACUCAGGCAGUUUCAUUUAUACGUGAUAUCGAGGGCAAGGAACUUGGGCCUUCGGUAGUUUCAAUCAAUACUGUUAUGUCAAGGUAUUGUAAUUCGGGUUUUGUAGAAGUUGCAAAAUCAUUCUUCGGUAUGAUGCUGAAGUACGGAUUACUGCCUGAUGCAUAUAGUUAUAAUAUUCUUAUUCAUGGAUUGUGUAUAGCUGGUUCCAUGGAGGAAGCUUUAGAGGUUGCAAGUUGGAUGGAGAUUCAAGGUGUACAGCCUGAUAUGGUAACCUACAACACCCUAGCUAAAGGGUUUCAUCUACUUGGUUUGAUGAGUGGUGCUACGAAGAUGAUUGAGGAUAUGCUACUUAAAGAGAGAAAUCCAGAGAGUGUUGCCUACACGAUACUGAUCUAUGGGCAUUGCCAGGCUGGAAACAUUUCCGAAGCAUUGAAGCUGCUUGAGGAGAUGCUUUCUCAGGGUCUUCAACUGAGCGUCCUCGCGGUGAGUAUAUUGCUCAGUAGCUUGUGCAAGGUUGGAGAAGUCGAUAAAGCAUUGACGUUGUUAUCGCAAAUGGAAGUUAAUGGGUUGCAACCAGAUCUCGUAACAUAUUCGGUUCUUGUUCAUGGUCUCUGUAAGCAAGGAGAGGUGCGACAGGCUAUCAGAUUGUACAAUAAGAUGUGUUUCAGUAGAUUAUUUCCAAACUCUUUGGAACAGUGUGCAAUUUUGAGGAGUUUCAGGGAUAAGGGCAUGAUACAUGAAGCACGAGCAUACUUCGAUUCUUUGCUGGACAAUGGCUUUAAAUUGGAUGUUGUUUUGUACAAUAUCAUGAUUGAUGCUUAUGGAAAACUUGGAAACAUCGAGGAGGCUAUGCAGUUGUUCGUACAAUUAACAGGGAAGGGAAUAUUCCCCAGCAUAGUGACCUUCAAUUCUUUAAUCUAUGGGCUUUCUGCAAAUGGAAUGAUCGAGCAGGCGACUGGUUUGUUGCGGACAAUCAAGCUGCAUGGAUUGAUACCAAAUACAAUAACUUACACGACUCUCAUGGAUGCAUAUGCUGAAGCUGGAAAUUCCGUGUACGUGCUAACACUGCUGCAGGAGAUGAAGAAGAACAAUGUGGAUCCAUGCCACAUUACUUACAGCGUGUUGAUAAAAGCACUUUGCAAAGAAUGGAAGUUGCAAGAAGCUCUCAAUUAUGUGAGGGAGAUGCAAGUGGUAGGGUUAACACCUGAUGCAAUCACAUACAAUACGGUCAUCCAACAACUCUGCAAAGCGAAAGACUUGAGAAAUGCAUUCAAGUUGCAUGAUGAGAUGCUGAGCAAUCAUCACCUUGAGCCCACAGCUGCUACUUACAAUGUUCUUAUCGAUGGCCUUUGUGUAUGUGGUGAUAUAAGAGAUGCUGAUAUGCUGCUGGUUUAUCUUCAGCAGCACAACAGUAUUAAGUUAUCCAAAGUUGCUUACGCCACACUUAUUAAAGCGUAUUGCGUAAAGGGUGAUGUUCAAAGGGCAGUGGUAUUGUUUCAUCAGAUGGUGGAAAAUGGUUUUGAAGUUUCAAUUCAAGACUAUAGUUCAGUCGUCAAUCGAUUAUGUAGAAGGAAGUUAGUAGUUGAAGCCAAAUACUUUUUCCGGAUGAUGUUGUGUAAUGGUGUUUCUCCUGACUGGGAUAUUUGUAAUGUGAUUAUUACCACUAUUCCCAGCAGCAGCAGCCAGUUGACUUCGAUGGCUGAUCUAGGUGCUGUUAUGGUCAAGUUUGGCUGCAUCAUUUCCCCUCCUGAAUAGUAGCCAAGGUUUUAUUUCUUGAUUAAUUGAAAUACAACAAUCAAGCAAUAUAACAUUGUUUAUGUCAUUUUUACAUAACGAGACUAUGUAAUCCUUUGCACUAAUUAUGUGUACUUAAUACUAUCUCCUUUUUCUUAAUUUGCAGUUUAUGCAAAUCUUCUAUGAACCCAUCCAAGUCAAUAUUGGAGGAUGACCGCAGCAUUCAAAUCGGCAAGCAUCUGAAUUAUGAAAAAGGUUUACCAGCUUUUUUGCUUCCCAUUUUCCUUCUAUUGCUUCUAUGGAUCUAUUCAGUUGAGUUUCAAACUUUGUUUUUCACUAUCAUUUCUGGUGGGAGAGGAUUGUGUUUUUUUUCCGUGUGUGUGGCUACUGAGUUUGAUGAUGGAAAUGCAGAUAUGUUUUUCACUAUCACUGUCCAUGGCUUUCGGGAAAUCCACCAAAUUAGUUACUGAUGCUGCUUUCUUUCCAUUAUUCUUUUAUUUUUUGUGAACUGAUCGUUUGUAGCAGGUUUUGUAUAAUGAUUUACAGUGCUUCUUUUCUGUUCUGUAGGUCUCUUUGUGUGUGCAGGAGCUCUUUCCAUGUCUUCUUUGCUUCAUGGUUCCAUUGCUUCUCAUUUUAAUUCCUUGCUGUCGAAGCUAAUUAAGGUGGAUUAGUCCAGCUUAUUACAGAUACCUUGAUUCUCAACACCAAUAUGCACAGCGGGAAUCUCUUGGUAAAGAAGCUCGGCGAUGAUGUUGGUAAAUUUGGGCUAGUGGAUUUGAUUCCAAUUGAUCAUGGUCUUUUCUUGCCUGAAAAGCUGGAGGAUUCUUAUUUCUAGUGGAUUCAUUGACCGCAGUCCUCAAUUUCUUUCUUGAAGGUUGAGAUUGCAACAUUGCUAAGUUCAAUCUGGUUGAAGAUUCUGCAAUGUUGAGGGGAGAGCUCUCCAUGAUCCGAUAGGCUUCUUUGUGGGUUUUGCAUCUCUGCAUCAUUUUUCUGAAGGAAGCUGCCAACUUUGGUCUUUGUCUUGCUGAGAUCGGCGAGAUGAUGAGCGGGGAGUUUUGAGCAACGGAGGAGGAACCGAGUGAUCACGAGGAUGUGUGCAUGGAGGCCAGGAGAUUGAUGGUUGGAGAGAGGUAGGAGUAUCUCCUAGGCCUGUUGAGCUGCAUCAGAAAUUUGUCAGAGCUGUGUAUCAAAUAGGAUAUGACGGUAAGUGUGUUUUUGGUUUCUUUGUCAAUAUGAAGCUUCCAACGGUAUAGCGUCUUUCAAAUCCAUCACUCUCUCGACAGAGCCAUGACAUGUAUAUCUGUUUGGCAGAAGAUGGCCCAAAGAAAAUCCUCGACUUGAUGAAGGUGGCCAUGGUUGAGUAGGGAAAAUGCUGCAAGCCAUUUGCAAUGAUGCUUCAUAUAUACUAAGCUUGAUACUCACUUGUUUUUUGGAGCAGUAUGAAAUUUCUCAUCUCGGCAUAUAAACAGAAAGACCAGGUUCUACUUGAGCAGUCUGCAGAAGUGAUCAGAAGCCAUCUGCUGGUGGGGUGAAGCAUUCAUCCGAUUCGCCUUGUAGCGUUUCUGCUGCACGUUUCAACAUCAAUGCUCGGACAACUUGAAGCUGAAUGAUUUUUCGAAUGUCAACUAUGGGUUUUCUUUUUCUGGCAAUACCUUGAAUACGGAGGGUAGUAGAAGUCAUGAAAGAGACUGAAAGGGAACCGUCUCCUUUGCAUGGCAGAACUUUAGUCUUUGAAAUUCCAA